AUGGUAGUUAAGAUUGAAUUGAGUGGAGGGUUAGAAUACGAUGCAAAAACUACACACUUUGAGAUUGAGAUAGGAAAUAUCAAAACAAUGAGAGAUGUUAUUCACAAAAUUAAAGAGAUUCAAACAGGACUUGCUCCAAUUUUUACAGAAGAGUCUGUAAUACCUGGUAUCAUUGUGUUAAUUAAUGAUGCAGAUUGGGAAUUAGUUGGAAUGCUUGAUUCAGAAGUUCAUGAUGGAGAUGUUAUUUCAUUAAUUUCAUCUAUUCAUGGAGGAUAA